CUGAAGAAUAUGUUUCGAAUUAAUCGAGAUCUCUGCGCUUUCUCGACCUCUGGAAAGUAUUUUGUCACUGCACAGCAACAGGAAAUGGUUGUGAGGGAUUGCAGGACGCUGGAGGAUGUUCAAACAUUCGUUUUUCCGGAAGUUAUAGAGUAUUUGGAGUGGUCUCCUGGAGGCCAAUUAAUCCUCUGUGCUAAUCUCAAGAGAGCAAUCAUUCAAGUUUACUCGAUUAGAAACCCAAAAUGGAAAUGCAAAUUGACGCAAGGAAGCUCAGGGAUGGAAAAAGUUUUCUGGGGUCCGAACGAUCGAUCAGUAUUGAUCAUUUCAGACUUAAACGUGCAUAUAUCAGUCUUGACACUGGAUGACCACAAUCUAACAAAUAUUUGGAGUUUAAAAUCUUCAGCACCUCAGAACAUCAUCCUCAACGCCCCUCACAAACAGUUAUCAGUGAUAGUAUCGAAGGAAGGGAGAGACUGGGUAGAGAUAUAUGAAACAACAACUUGGAAACUAACAAGAAAAUUGAUGUGUGAUAAAUUAUUCGGAAUUGAUGGAGUGUCCUGGUCCCCUAACGGAGAGCUACUGGCCAUUUGGUCUUCCACUAUUGAAAAAUCGAAACUAUUAGUUUAUUCGAUUGUGACGGAUUCGCAUAUUGGAGCGUUCAGCGAUGGGGACAGACAUAAGAAUGGAUUAUCGAAUGGCAUUAGGAAAAUCGCUGGAGAAAAGAGCAUCAAGGGGAUUGAUAAAGUGGUGUGGAGCCCCGGCGGACAAUUACUCGCUAUCGCUGGUUAUAAUGAGACGAUUGUCAUUAUCAACCAUGUCACCUGGACCGUAAUUUUAUCAUUAUACUGUGAUCCUGUCAUAAGAGAGAGUAAUUAUCUUGGGAAAGUAUUCAAAGAAAUUGGUGUGAAAAGGAGAGACUGGACGACUGAUAUGAAUUCGAUUUCAAUUCUGGAUAGACACAUCCGACACAAAAUGCAGGAAAUCAAUGAAAGACCUAUAAAUAUUCAAAUCGAUACCAUACCAAUAAACUGGGACGUGUCAAUCGCUACCAUUGACAUUAUGGAGUUCAGCCCUUGUGGAAGGUUUCUAGCAGUGAGACAUCAGCUAUAUCCAACCACGGCAUGGAUCUGGGACCUUGUGGACGACUGUGUUGAUUAUCUUUUAUUAAAGAACUCCAUCACUGGAAUUUCUUGGGAACCAAAUAAAACUCGUCUGUUGGUCACCGCGGAGUCCUCUUUCAUUUUUGAAUGGAGACCUAGAACAACAGCCGGUUUUUUCGAGUCCCCCAAAGCCAUGAAAGUAUUGAACUCCAAGUGGAAUCCAGAAGGGGAAGUUCUGGCUCUCCAGGGGUACAACAAAGCUUCGGUUAUUCGUAUCACUGACUGAUAUUUAUUGGAGUCUUCACACAGAACCUACGAAUUUAUCUGUACAAUAAUUUAUUAUAUUUUUUACGCAAAAAAUCUUGAUUGCAUAAUAAAAUUUAUUAAUUAUU